GACGUUCAAACUAUAUAGUUUUUUCGGGAAUACUAAGGUUGCCACACUGUUGGUUAAAGAUUUAUUUACAAUUACUUAAUCAUGCUGCAAGGUUUGUUGCAAAGGACUUGUGUGUCUGCGUUGAACACGGCACAAACGCUAUUUGUGCGUCAAAAGCAUGCCUUUGACCGUGCCGUGCUGAAGCCCAAAGUGCGGUGUCACUUCCCAAAGCCCCGCGAAGUGAAGAGAAUCAAUGUGCACGGCUGGGAGACCCGGAUGGCCACGCCGGAGGGACGUCGAGUUCUUAUGCGACGCAUGCUGAAGGGCAGACACGAUCUCUCCCAUUAGGCUACUUAAUAAAGCAGAUUCAUUAUAGAGUUAAC